CUGAUCAGCCGGAAGGACAAGACCACGUUUGAGAAGCUGGACUUCUUGACAUCCAAAGAGGACAACUACACGCGCAUGAGGGAGUACAUCCGUUCUCUCAAGAUAACGCCAUGCAUCCCCUACCUGGGCAUCUACCUAUUGGACAUGAUCUACAUCGACUCGGCCUAUCCGGCGUCGGAUAGCAUCAUCGAGACCGAGCAGAGGACCAAUCAGAUGAACAAUUUGCUGAGGGUGAUCUCUGACCUGCAGAUGUCCUGUAAAUAUGAUCACCUGGUGACCCUCCCCCACGUUCAGAAGUAUUUAAUGUCCGUGCGCUAUAUCGAGGAGCUUCAGAAGUUCGUAGAGGACGACAACUUCAAGUUCAGUCCGUCUGAUGUGUCUGCCUCUGUGAGGUACAACUACCGGCGACCCACCUGUCCCGACGCCUCGGUGAUGGUGCACAUGCCCACCCCUCCCCCCUCUCGCCACAGGAAGAGCCACAGCCUGGGCAACAAAAUGCCAGCACGCAUGCUGGAUCACAAGCUUCCCUGGAGUCCAGAGCCCAGCUCAGAGAAAUGA